ACUAAGAACACAUAAGCUGGUAAUGGUUUUAAUGUUACUUUCCUCUCUGACAUUGAAAAGUUGAAAAGAAGUCCAGGUAUGAUUGUAACAACCCAUGAGCGACGGUAGAUGGCACCAACGUCAACAUGCAGUGUCAUGGGGCGAAGAAGAGUUCGCGCAAAACACGGAAGAGCCUGCUAACUACCUGGCAAAAUGAGCGAAUCGUUAGAUUACAUUUUUAUUUGAGUUAAGAUUCUUUUAUUUUACAAUGUUUGGGGGCAAGUCUUAUCAGCUUCUUCCUCAGACUGAUUCGAGCAAGUUGGGGACUCCUGGACUGUUUGUGUCCGCCGACAGGUUCUCACAGCACGGCUACCAUAACAAAGGACUGUCGUUCGAUUACAUCCCCAAAGUUUCAGAAAACGACUUCAGUGACAGUUCCCAGGGUUGGCUAUCAUUGCUUUGCAAUGUAAUUGUCAUCUUCCUCGUACACAUCUGCACUUUUCUAACCUUUCCUAUUACGGGAUGGUUUGUAUUAAAGACAGUGCCAAAUUACGAGAGGAUAGUAGUCUUUCGCCUGGGUCGUGUCUGUCCUCCAAGGGGUCCUGGUAUUGUCCUGCUGCUGCCCCUUAUUGACCAGUGGCAGCGGGUAGACCUGCGCACCCGUGCGUUCAAUAUACCUCCAUGCCAGGUGAAUACCAGGGAUGGUGGCCUCUUGUCUGUAGGAGCAGACAUUCAGUUCAGAAUCUGGAACCCAGUCUUGUCAGUGGUGUCAGUCCAGGACCUGAACGCCUCUACCAGAAUGACAGCACAGAACGCUUUAACUCAUAGCCUGGCUAAGAAGACAGUCAGAGAGAUCCAAACGGAGAGAGUGAAGCUGGGAGAAUAUCUGGCUACAGACAUCAAUGAGAUGACUCGACCAUGGGGACUGGAGAUAGACAGGGUAGAACUUACCCCUGGCUCUCUUCUCAAAUCACCUGAGGAUGCACCCUCUGGACCCCUCAUUGUUCCUCCCUCUGUACCAGGCAUGGAGGGUCUCACAGGCCCCCUUCAGCAGCUUGCCAUGCACUUCAUCAGCCAAAGCUCACAAUCUCAGCAAGGUAGGCCGACACACACAAUUGUUGGAGUGCUGCUGUUUAACAAAAUCAUAUAUUUUCCCCCUUUAGAGAGCAGUGUCACCUUUAUAGAUGAGCAGACGUCAGGCUCUGUUGAAGAGCUGCUCCACAGGGUCAAGCUUGUCCUCUCUGAAGCUUUGGUGUGCCAGGUGGGCGCCUGCUUCCAGUUUGACAUCAGCUCAGAAGAUGGACAGCAUCACAGCUACUAUGUGGAUUUGAGCCAAGGCCGCGGUGCAGCUGGAGAGGGGUCACUGUGCCGGCAGCCUGAUGUAACACUGACGAUGUGCAAGGAUGACCUUCUGGCCAUGUUCCGUGGCACGCUGCUACCAUUUUCUGCUUACAACUGCGGUCGACUUCAAAUUGAGGGGGAUAUGAGGACGGCUAUGAAGUUGGAGGAACUCAUAAAGCUGCUUAAGAAAUAACAUUUGAAUAAGUUAUUGAAUGAAACACAGUUGAUGUGAAAGCCUUUUUCUUGUAUUGCAUGAUUGUUUGCUAUAAAUUAAUUUCUCCUUAACUGGG